AUGAAUGCCUCUAAUCCCAUCUCUCCACCAUCUCUCCACUAUCCGUCUCCCCAUCCCCUGGUACCAUCUCUCACUAUCCGUCUCUCCCCAUCCCCUACAGACCCAUCUCCCACUAUCCGCCUCUCCCAUCCCCUACAGACCCAUCUCUCCACCAUCCACCUCUCCCAUCCCCCCACAGACCCAUCUCCACUAUCCGCCUCUCCCCAUCCUCUACAGACCCAUCUCUCCACUAUCCGCCUCUCCCCAUCCCCUACAGACCCAUCUCUCCACUAUCCGCCUCUCCCCAUCCUCUACAGACCCAUCUCUCCACUAUCCGCCUCUCCCCAUCCUCUACAGUACCAUCUCUCCACUAUCCGCCUCUCCCCAUCCUCUACAGUACCAUCUCUCCACUAUCCGUCUCCCCCAUCCUCUACAGUACCAUCUCUCCACUAUCCGCCCCCACCUCUACAGACCCAUCUCUCCACUAUCCGUCUCCCCCUCCUCUACAGCCCCAUCUCUUUCUAUCCAUCUCCCCCACCUAUCUCUAACCAUCUCCUUCCUUUACAGCUUAUCUCUUUCUACCCAUCUCCCUCUUCUACAGUCUCUCUCUUUACCCAUCUUCCCAUAUCCAACCUGUCUCCUGUUCAUAUCUAUAUCUCAGUUGGCAUCCUUAGUAUUUAA